AUUUGAGUUGACUUCACUAGAAUAAAUCCAGUCUAAGCCCCUUCCAUUCAUGCGGAAGAACACUCCUGCAACUUCAGGCUUCAAAGAUCACUCCGAUAAUCAAAGCUGAAAACAUGAACAACACAGGUGCAGCCUCUGGUCCUGCAAUUCAACUGGUUCCCCCCAUUAAUCACAAUCACCACCACCACCACCAUCAGCAGCAGCAUACAAUUGUUCCCAUUGUUACACCACCAGCGCCACCACCAGCGCCACCACCACCCAACCUACCUCGUUCAGAUCUGCUUAAUGGAAGUAGAGUAGACUACAUCAAGAUUGGUGUUCCACUUUAUGAAGCAGCAAUCAAAGGAGAUUGGAAGGCUGCUAAACCAAUUCUUGACAAACGCCCCGAUGUGAUACGUUCUGCCAUCACCGAAAAUUAUGAAACAUUGCUCCACGUUGCAGCAUCAGCAGAAAGCACUAAGGCUGUGGAAGAAUUUGUGGCGAAUCUAGUACCUUUGAUGGACAAAAAAGAUUUGGAGCUACAAAACAAAAAUUACAAUACUGCCCUCAGUUUAGCGGCUGCGGCAGGAAAUGUUAAAACAGCAAAGAUAAUGGUGGAUAAGAAUCCUGCUGUGGCUGAAAUCCCUGGUAAUAAUCGAACGAUGCCACUCUAUAUGGCUGCUUUAUUUGCAAAACCUGAAAUGGCGAGGUAUUUGUAUGGUAUCUCUAAGAAAAUGGGAGGCGAUUAUUGGUCACAUGAUAAUCGUGGUUGGGUCCUACAAAAAUGUGUUGAAUCUGAUAUCUUUGAUGUUGCUCUAAAGAUAGUUGCUGAUCGCCCGGAGCUACUUGUCAAGAAGGGGUUACUUACCGAUGUUCUCUUAGCUUUGGCUCAGAAGCCUAAAGCAUUAAAAGGAAAAAAACUACAUGUUGUCUUCAGAAUCAUCAAGUCUAUUUUUGGAGUGUUUCAUGUGAAGGUAGGGUCCGGUGAAAAAGAAAGUGAAGCCCUGCAAUUAUUAAGAAUAAUUUGGGAAAACAUUGCCACGAUGGCUAAGACAGAGAUUGAUGACAUAAUCCGAGGUCCACCUCAAAGGGUGGGAAAUACAAUAAAAGGCUACCCUUCUCGAGUACUUUUUGUUGCUGCUAAAAUGGGCAACACAAGGUUUAUAGUUGAGCUCAUUCGAUCGUAUCCUGAUCUAAUAUGGAAACAAGAUGACAAAGGAAAGACUAUAUUUCACUUAGCGAUCAAACGUCGGCAAGAAAAGAUCUAUAAUUUGUUAUAUGAGAUUGGUGCAAUGAAAGAUUUAAUAACCCCUAUUAAAGACAAAAAAGGCAAUAACAUGUUGCAUAUGGUCUCAAAGAGUGCUAAGCAAAGCCGAUUUCAAAAUGUGUCUGGAGUUGCUUUACAAAUGCAACGGGAAUUGUUAUGGUACAAGGAGGUAGAGCGAAUGAUCCCACCUCAAUAUAGACAGAGGAAGAAUGGAGACAAUAUAACACCACGAGACUUAUUCACUAAGAAACAUGAAAAGUUGGUAAACAAAGGCGAGGAUUGGAUGAAACAUACAGCGUCUGAGUGCAUGGUGGUUGCAACCCUCAUAACCACAAUCGUUUUUGCAGCCGCUUUCACAGUUCCGGGUGGAUACAACCAGGACACCGGUAUUCCUUUCUUUCGCAAAGAACCAGCCCUCAUUAUUUUUGUUAUCGCAGACGCUGUUUCUUUAAUAUCCUCAUCAACCUCGAUCCUCAUGUUCUUAGCUAUCCUUACAUCACGAUAUGCUGAACGUGAUUUCUUAGAGUCAUUACCCAGAAAGCUGUUGUUCGGGCUUGCAACGCUCUUCCUCUCUAUCGUGACCAUGAUGAUUGCAUUUAGUGCGAGUUUCUUUGUACUUUAUGAUAAAAAGGUGAAAUGGGUACCUAUCACUAUCACUGGUUUGGCUGGCAUGCCAGUCAUUCUAUUCGCCAUACUGCAGUUUCGUCUUCUAGGGGAUGUUUUCUACUCGACGUAUCGAUCUAGAUAUCUUUUCAAGCCUAAGAAACGUAUCCUUUACUUCUAAAAACCAUUGUAACAUUUGUUGUAUUCCAAGGUUUGUGUACUUUAAUGACUACUUUUGUAUCAUUCUUUGUCAUUCCUAAUUGUGUAAUAUUUAACUCUCUUUCAUUUCACAAGUUUUCAUUAUUUUGUUAUUAUUGAGGGCAAUUUAGUUCGUUUUUUCAU